AUUCAUCUAUGACUGUUUUCCUUCUCUGAGUUUGAGUUGUUUCAACUCUCAGAAAUUCAAGAUUUCAACAUUUGUAUUUCUGGGUUUUAUCGGGAUCUUGCCAUCUUGGUGGGUUUCACGGAAUUGGGCAGUUUUGGGUAGCGGAAUGGAGAGUGGUGAGCUUUACAGAGUCGGUAGUAGUUUACGUAUAGAUAGUUCUUCUAUACGGAGGAACAGUAUAGUCGACGACGUGUUUCAGAGAUCGUCUCGGCAUGAAGAUGACGAAGAAGCUUUGAAAUGGGCUGCUCUUGAGAAACUGCCCACUUAUAACCGUAUAAGGAAAGGUCUAUUGUCAGGAGUAGGGGGUGAGACCAAAGAAAUUGAUAUUGAGAGUCUAAGUUUACAAGAGAAGAAAGUUUUAUUGGAAAGGUUGUUGAAAAUUGCAGACGAGGAUAACGAGAAUUUCUUGUUGAAGCUCAAGAACAGGAUUGAUAGAGUUGGACUUGAUAUUCCCAAAAUCGAAGUCCGCUUUGAGCAUUUAAAUGUUGAUGCAGAAGCUUAUGUGGGUAGCAGAGCUUUGCCAACAAUCUUCAACUACUCUGUUAAUAUGUUUGAGGAAUUCUUGAACUAUCUCCAUAUUCUUCCAAGUAGAAAGAAACCACUAUCAAUCCUUCAUGAUGUUAGCGGAAUAAUCAAGCCCUGCAGAAUGACGCUCCUUUUAGGCCCCCCGGGCUCAGGAAAGACUACAUUGCUUUUGGCCCUGGCGGGAAAGCUUGGUUCAGAUGUUAAAUUUUCGGGGAGAGUAACUUACAACGGGCACAAAAUGAAUGAAUUUGUCCCACAGAGGACAGCGGCCUACAUCAGUCAAUAUGAUCUUCAUAUAGGGGAAAUGACUGUGAGAGAAACCUUGGCUUUUUCUGCAAGAUGUCAGGGGGUUGGAACCGGUUAUGAAAUGUUGGCAGAGCUUUCACGAAGAGAAAAGGAAACAAAUAUUAAACCUGAUCCUGACAUUGAUAUUUACAUGAAGGCGGCUGCACUAGAAGGACAGGAGGCCAGUGUGGUCACGGAUUAUAUACUAAAGAUUUUGGGACUCGAGAUUUGUGCUGAUACCCUUGUGGGAGAUGAAAUGUUUAGAGGAAUCUCUGGCGGACAAAAGAAGCGUGUUACAACAGGGGAGAUGCUAGUUGGGCCAGCAAGGGCAUUGUUCAUGGAUGAAAUAUCAACUGGAUUGGAUAGUUCAACAACUUUCCAGAUUUUGAAUUCACUCAGGCAAUCUAUCCAUAUUCUUAAUGGGACUGCUCUAAUCUCUCUCCUUCAGCCAGCACCAGAGACUUAUGAACUCUUCGACGACAUUAUUCUCCUUUCGGAUGGACAGAUUGUGUACCAGGGCCCCCGUGAAAAUGUGCUGGAAUUCUUUGAAUCAAUGGGCUUCAAAUGUCCUGAGAGGAAAGGAGUUGCAGACUUCCUGCAAGAAGUAACAUCAUGGAAGGAUCAGGAACAGUAUUGGGCACGCAAAGAUGAGCCUUAUAGGUUCAUCCCUGUCAAAGAAUUUGCAGAGGCAUUCCAGUCAUUCCACGUUGGCUUAAAAUUAGGGGAUGAGCUUGCUAAUCCAUUUGACAAAACCAAGAGCCACCCAGCUUCUUUAACAACUAAGAAGUACGGUGUUAGCAAGAAGGAACUAUUGAAAGCUUGCAUCUCAAGAGAGCUCUUGCUAAUGAAGAGGAAUUACUUUGUCUACAUUUUCAAGAUGACACAACUUACAAUUCUCGGAUUCAUUGCAAUGACACUAUUCCUACGGAUUAAGAUGCACCGAGAUUCAGUAAUUGAUGGUGGGAUUUACAUAGGUGCACUCUUCUUCACUCUCAUGAUGAUUAUGUUUAACGGAUACUCAGAGCUUGCCUUGACAAUAUUGAAGCUUCCUGUAUUUUACAAGCAAAGAGACCUUCUCUUCUACCCUUCUUGGGCAUAUUCACUGCCCACAUGGAUCCUGAAGAUCCCAUACACGUUUUUUGAAGUUGCAGUUUGGGUGUUCAUGACUUAUUACGUCAUAGGCUUUGAUCCAAAUGUAGGAAGGCUUUUCAAACAGUAUCUUCUACUGCUUGGUGUUAACCAGAUGGCUUCUGGGCUUUUCCGAUUUAUUGGGGCAGUGGGAAGGGACAUGAUUGUUGCAAACACAUUUGGGUCCUUCUCAUUACUUGCAAUUCUGGUUAUGGGAGGAUUUGUCGUAUCACGAGAGGAUGUAAAGAAAUGGUGGAAAUGGGGUUAUUGGAUCUCCCCUAUGAUGUAUGGGCAAAAUGCAAUAGCAGUGAAUGAGUUCCUUGGGAAUAGCUGGAGCCAUGUUCCUCCCAAUUCUACAGAGCCACUAGGAGUGACUGUCUUGAAGUCUCGUGGGAUCUUCCCUAAAGCAUACUGGUAUUGGCUUGGAGUGGGGGCAUUGGUGGGAUACAUGUUCCUAUUCAAUGUUCUUUUCACUUUGGCUCUCUCUUAUCUUAAUCCAUUUGGAAAACCUCAGCCAGUUGUAUCUGAGGAAAGCUUGAAUGAGAAAUGGGCUAACAGAACCGGAGAAUUUAUUAAGCUAUCAUCCAGAGAAAAGAGCUCUGUUUGUCAGACCUCAUCUACAGAUGCAGAGGAAGGAAAUGAAAUGAGAAGUAUGUCGUCUGGCAUUUCACCUGCAAGUACAGAAACUAUCAAUGGCAAUCAGAACAGAAAACGGGGAAUGGUUCUUCCAUUUCAACCUCUUUCCAUCACCUUUGAUGAAAUUAGAUAUUCUGUUGACAUGCCACAGGAACUCAAAGCACAAGGUGUUCCAGAAGAUCAGCUAGAGCUUCUUAAGGGAGUGAGUGGAUCUUUCAGGCCAGGAGUCCUUACAGCUCUUAUGGGUGUCAGUGGUGCUGGUAAGACCACUCUGAUGGAUGUCUUGGCUGGGAGGAAAACCUGUGGAUACAUUGAUGGAUGCAUCACUAUAUCAGGAUACCCAAAGAAGCAGGAAACAUUUGCUCGUAUAUCUGGAUACUGUGAACAGAAUGACAUCCACUCUCCUCAUGUUACAGUCUAUGAGGCCCUUCUUUAUUCUGCUUGGCUUCGAUUACCCCUUGAGGUCAAGUCUGCCACCAGAGAGAUGUUUGUUGAGGAAGUCAUGGAGCUUGUGGAGCUGACCUCACUAAGAGAAGCUCUGGUUGGCUUGCCUAGUGUGAAUGGUCUCUCGACAGAGCAGCGCAAGAGGCUAACAAUAGCAGUUGAGCUCGUUGCAAAUCCAUCUAUAAUAUUCAUGGAUGAGCCAACCUCUGGGCUUGAUGCAAGGGCAGCAGCCAUAGUGAUGAGAACAGUGAGGAAUACAGUGGAUACAGGACGAACAGUAGUGUGCACAAUCCACCAGCCAAGCAUUGAUAUAUUUGAUGCCUUUGAUGAGCUACUUCUGUUGAAGCAAGGAGGAGAAGAAAUAUAUGUGGGACCAUUGGGACGCCAUUCUUGUCAUCUAAUCAAAUAUUUUGAGGGUAUCCAAGGAGUCGGUAAAAUAAACGAUGGCUAUAAUCCAGCAACGUGGAUGCUGGAGGUGACUUCCAGAGCACAGGAAACAGUUCUAGGGGUCAACUUCACUGAUGUAUACAAAAGCUCUGAACUUUAUAGGAGAAAUAAAGCACUGAUCAAUGAACUAAAUACACCUGCUCCUGGUUCAAGUGAUCUUUACUUCCCAACUCGAUACUCACAGUCUUUCUUCACCCAAUGCAUGGCUUGUCUGUGGAAACAACAUUAUUCAUAUUGGAGGAACCCACCAUACACUGCUGUAAGGCUGCUUUUCACAACCUUUACAGCUCUUAUGUUUGGGACUAUAUUCUGGGAUCUUGGAUCCAGAAGGAGCAAACAACAAGAUCUUUUUAAUGCAAUGGGGUCUAUGUAUGCUGCUGUUUUGUUCCUUGGGAUACAAAAUGCCUCAUCUGUGCAACCAGUUGUGGCCAUUGAACGAACAGUUUUUUACAGAGAGAGAGCCGCUGGAAUGUAUUCAGCUUUGCCAUACGCUUUCGGACAAGUUAUGAUAGAGGUUCCAUAUAUCUUCUUGCAGACUUUAAUAUAUGGAGUUAUAGUGUAUUCCAUGAUUGGUUUUGAAUGGACAGUGGCCAAAUUCUUUUGGCAUCUCUUCUUCAUGUACAUGACAUUGUUAUACUUCACCUGUUAUGGGAUGAUGACAGUGGCCGUGACUCCCAACCAUAACAUUGCUGCAAUAAUUGCCACAGCAUUCUAUGCCAUAUGGAACCUUUUCUCUGGAUUUAUAGUUCCACGACCAAGGAUUCCUAUAUGGUGGAGAUGGUACUAUUGGGUGUGCCCAGUCUCCUGGACCUUGUAUGGACUGGUUGCAUCGCAGUUCGGAGAUGUAGAAGAAAAGCUUGAUUCAGGGGAGACGGUGGAAGAAUUUUUGAGGAGUUAUUUUGGAUUCAGACAUGAUUUUAUUGGAGUUGUUGCUGUUGUGGUCGUUGGAUUUACUGUGCUCUUUGGUUUCAUCUUUGCCUUUUCAAUUAGAGCAUUUAACUUCCAAAAAAGAUAGGAGGUUUUACAUGAGUCAAGAGGAGCAAAACAGGAAUGAAGUGAUUGAUUUCUGCUAUUGAUCCAAGCUUGGUAAGGACAUGACGAGAUUCCAAUAAAGUCCUGGUUUAUUGGAAGGAGGUCUAGAGAAAGAGAGAGAGAGAGAGAGAGAGAGAGAGAGAUGUGUGAGUCAAGAGAUAGUAUUGUAAAUGUAAGCAAACAAAUUUUCAUUUAUGUCUCUACUGGGAUUACAUUAC